UUUUGCAGACUAUUUCAAUGCUGGAAGUGAAGAUACCCCUCAACCAACUGUUCGAAGUGUUCAGCCACUGCGUGGUCAACCUGCCGGAAAAGAUUUUCAAACCAACUAAAGAUAACACAAAGAUAGACAACAGUCCUCCCAACACUCGAGACAGGAACGGAAACGGGAACGGUAACGGGAAUGGGAACGGGAACGGGAACGGAAACGGGAACGGGACAGAAAAAGAGAAAGUAAUAGAGAAGGACGAUCAUGGGAAACCGCAGAACUUGACCUGCUGCAUAUUGAUGCUUGACAUUCUGCUGAAACAGAUGGAGUUGCAGCAACGUCGGAUCAAUAUACAAAACGUUAGCAGUGAGGCAACUAAGCUGCUUCGUCUUAUGUUGAAAUCCAAUCAGUUGAACACUAUCGAACAUGCGGUGUGCCUUGCGGAAGGCGCCUGUUCCUACUGCGAGGCGGCGGCUCUAUGGCACCAGCUAGCCGUUCUACUGGUUAGGGCUCUGGUGCCGGACCGCCCGAAGCCUCCGCCUGAGCCACCCCUAGAAGACAUGUGGUCCGACAAGAAGAACCAAUCGGAAGACGAGCGCAGCAAGUCAGGCGGCACGCCAGCCAGCUCGGUCGACGCGUUGCUAUCUCUCGCACACGGAACGGGAGCGGAUCGCAGUUCAGUGGGCGGAGUUCUGGUGCAUAUGCCGCAUAUCAUGACAGCGACGGUGGAGACGAUCACUGAACAGCUGGACAUGGCUGCCGCGCUGCCGCCCGCUGACCAGCCGCCGAUGGCUACUGCUCAUACCAUCACGCUGACCGACACUGACGUAGCUACCGCCACUGCUGACGUUUCAACUCCAAACCUGCUUGGUGAAAAUGAAGGCAUGCCGGAGUCUGUCGAAGAAGAUAUGACGAACUUCUGGCCGACCUCAGCUGGGAAGUUCCAUUUCUGUAUUGAAGAGCUGCCUCAGGAACUUCAAUACAUACACCAGCUGCUUCAGUUGUUCUACGGUAAAAAGUUGUGA